UUCUGACUGCGACUGCUAGAUCUCGGCCCUUUUGGGGGUGGCAAAGUAUCCUUCAUGGGCGUUAGUUAUUGGAAAGAGGGUUGAGAUGGCAGGUUGGCAAUGGUCAAUCGGUCUCCCUUCUCCAGUCUAACUGGAUUCCUGGGUAUUAGCUGGAUCCCCCUUCCUAUAAUCCCCGGGUCUUGCCUGAGGGGGGGUGAUCCCUUGGUGGCGGAGGUUAUUAGUGAGGGGGGAGGGAGGUGGUCUGAUGGAAUGCUCAGUCAAUGGUUUGACCCACCCACCUGUAAGGCUAUUAAAUCUAUUCCCCUCCCGCGUCAGGAUGUUCCGGAUAAGCUCAUCUGGCAUUUUACGGCUGAUGGGGUCUUCUCGGUUAAGACGGCUUAUCAAUUGGCUGUCGAUUUGGACAGAAGGAGGGGGUGGCGUUCCUCGGUUAGCUGGAUGGAUAAGCCGAGUUGGAUUAGAGUUUGAGAGGCCAAAAUCCCUCCGAAGUUGAAGGUAUUUGUUUGGCAAAUUCUUAAUCGGGCUCUGCCGACUAUGGAGGCGCUUAUUGAGAAAAAGGUCCAGGUGCUACCUCGGUGCCCAGUUUGUUGGGAUGGCCCUGAGACAAUGGAACACUUGUUCCUUUAUUUUCCAGUGGCGCGUGCUCUCUGGGAUUACUCUAGGCUAGAAUACUUGGGAGAGGGCUUACCUCGACAGACUUUCCGUUGUUUCUCAAGCGUCUGUUGGGUUUGAUCCAUCAACCGUCGGUGGUUAUGGCUGUUGUUGUCAUCCUUUGGAGGAUCUGGCGAUCUCGGAAUUGGGUGGUCUUUGAAGGCAAGCAAUUUGGGAUCCCAGCUCUUAUGCGCCAGUUUAAUCAGCAGUAUGAGGAAUGGGUGGAGCUACCAGCGCACCAGGCGCCUAGGGCACAAUCCCCGAUAAUGCGAUCUACAGCACAAUUGGAUGAUUCCCAUUUGGUUUGCAUGUGGGACGGGGCUACUAAGGGUGGGUCUCAUUCGGCUAGUGGGAUGGUUCUUUUUGACCCCGCAAGGACACUCUUACUGGCUAGAGGGAUCCAGUUUGCUCAAAUGGAUGAUCCUGCAGUGGUGGAAUUGCUUGUGCUUCGGGAGGCUAUUAUUUGGUGUAUGGAGCAAGGUUUUUCGGCGGUCCGAUUUGAGGGCGAUGCGAAGGUGAUAAUCCGACUAUGAGUCGCUUCUUUGAUUUCCAGACCUGGCUGGUUUCCAGGGUGUAACUAUCUUCUGAUAUGAUCAAUAUAUGAUAUCUUUUGACAAAAAUAAAAUAAAAUAAUCGACCAAUUCCAAACUGUCAGUUGGUUGAAUUAUUAUUAUUUAUAAAACAAGUAAGCAAUCAACUUUUGUUGGCAGUCGUGUACAUGGUCAUAUACACGACGUCAUCAUAAUUAUGUAUUCGUAAAAUAGAUAAUGAUAGCCAAACAAUGUUGGCGGAUCUGGAAAAAUCCGGACUCUCUCCUGGCCUCAAUCUAUAAAGGUCGUUAUUUCCAUCAUGGAUCAGUACUAGAUGCCACCCUAGGUUCCAAUACCUCUUGGGGAUGGCGCAGUAUCUUGUUUGGAAGAGAUCUCCUUCUUCAAGGGUUAAGAUGGCAAGUUGGAGAUGGGCAAGACAUUGUAGCCUUCAAGGACAAGUGGGUAGUUUCAGAGAAACCCAUCACUCCUUCGGUUCGCCUUUCGAAUAUAACUAACUCCCCAAGAGUCUCCUUCUUUAUUAGAGGAAGUGGAGGAGAGUGGCAUAUCCCAAGGCUUCAAUACUAUUUUGAUCCCAUAACAGUUAGCCUUAUACGCAAAACCCCUCUCCCUAGAUGCCAACAAAGAGACACAAGAAUCUGGCACUUUACAAAAAAUGGCUCCUAUACAGUGAAAACGGGAUACCAUCUGGCUUUAGAAAUCUCUUUAGUCUCAAGUCGAAAACCUCUGGUCCAAAUUAUAGAUCCACCUAUCUGGAAGAAAACAUGGGAUAUUCUGGUUCCUCCAAAAUUAAAAUUCUUCAUUUGGCAGUGUCUAAGAGUGAUAUUACCAACAGUAGUAGCUCUUAAGUCUAGAGGGAUUAAUUGUCGUACCCGAUACCAUCCGAGUUUGACGUGGAUGUAAUAUCUUUUAGGGCAUUGAUGUAAUCUCUUUCUCCUCUUGAGUUAUGUUCUUUCGACUUUGUUGGGUGGCUUCAUUGAUGUAAUAGGUUGGGAGGCGUUCGGUAGAUUGUAUAGUUCUCUCUACUGUCUUUUCUUGGAAAAAAAAUAGAUAAUGAUAGCGGAUAAGAGGCAAUAUGAUGGAAAUGCAGUGAAAAUCGCGUUUUAAAAUUUAAAAAUUUACGCUUUUAUACUUUUAGAUCAUCAGAUCGCUUCUACGCAUAAUCUCAAUUUUUAUAAUUAAUGUAGUUAAAAUUUACGUUUCUUUUGACUACAUUGGUGUUGAAAAUGCAGAGAACAACAGACAAAGAGAAUAACAGACAAAGAUGACAAAUUAUUUGACCUAUGAUUCUAUUUCAAACUCAUACCUUUCAUCGUUUAGUUGCAAAAACAAAACAUGAUCUUACUUGUUAGAAGAUGAAUAAUUGCAGUAUCAAUAACUAAACCUUUCUUUUAUUUGUUCUAUUCUAGCUAUUCACUAACAUUUCUCUACACUUCAUGAAUCAUGGCCAUGAUUCUACAUGGGUUAUAAUCUUUCUGUAGGUGAAUUUCUUUUGAUUUCCUUACAUAAUAUAAUACUGGUGGGUCUCUCACAUGCCUUGUAUGAACUAACUUUGAUGUACGUUAUGACAUUUAUAAUUAUAUUAAUCUUUGAUUACCUAAACGACAAGUUAUUUGGCUUGUUAUUAUAUUCCAAACUCAUACCUUUAAUCUUUUAAUACUGAGAAAGUAACAAAGAUGAUCGUGAACAUGAACUGCAAUACCAAUAACUCAACCCUUUUAAUUUGUUACAUAUUCUACUCUUCUACAUAUAAAACAUCUCUUGUCCAGUUAGGUGAUAAAACACCUAAAUCGGGCUCAUUUACGUCAUUUUGCGUUCGUUAACGUCAUUUUAUACUCAUUCACGUAAUACUAUGGUGAUUUACGUAAGAGUAUAAGUUUUCCACGUAAAUGGAAAUUCAGACUUUUCCCCUAAUAAUUUGUAUUGACUAUAUUUUAUGGAAUUAAAUUUGGAUUAUCAAU